AUGGACUUGAUCGCAAUUUGUAUGGUUUCAGGAGAAGUUUUGGUUGCUAGGUGGUUUAACGCUUUGGAAAAAGUUUGGACCUUACCAUCAAAUUAUUACGAGAGUGAUAAAGUGACCGCCAUUACUUGGAGACCUGACGGGAAGGUUAUUGCCAUAGGUUUCUCGAGCGGAAAAAUUAAAUUGUUUGAUGCUGAUAAUUGUGAAAAUAUACCAGAGCUACUUCAAUCAACCAAAACUAAUGGAUCAGUGAAUUUUAUUUUAUGGGUAGAUGAGAAAACCAAUAACAAUAAUAGCAAUAACAACAAUAGUAGUAGCAUCAUUAAUGAUAAAAAUAACAUAUUAAUGUAUAACAAAAAUCAAAUAAAUUAUUAUAAAAAUUCACACCCGCUUCAAAAAUAUUUACCUAGAUUGAAUACCACAUCACGUACAAAAGCAUCAUGUAAAUUAUUAGGAAUUAAAAUGCAACAAGAUGAAGAAGGAGAGGGGGAGGGGGAAGUGGUAGGUGGUGUUAAUCGAAGUUUUGGAGGUGGAAAAGGAGGAACAGGAUCAGAUUAUUUUUCAGAAGUUGAAAAAAAUACAGUUAAUUUAUUAAUAGCAGGUGACAGUGAAGGGUAUAUAUAUAUGAUUGUAUAUGGUAUUUAUAGUUUACAGCCAAUACUAUUAACUCAAUCAAAUUUAAAAGUUUCUAAAAUAAUUAAAGCAUCAGUUACAUCUGAUCUUUCCAUACUUACAUUAAUUUACACAACCACAACAAUAACACAAAAUCAAGAAAAGGAAUCAGAGAAGAAAAAGCAUCAUCAAUUGGUUGUGACUACAUUUAAAACAGGAUUACUCCAUACUCACAAAAAUCAAAUUUUAGCUUUAUCACAUCGGUAUACAUCCAUCAAAUUUAUAUCAGACUACAUAAGAGAAUCUCUGGAUAAAGUGAAAAAUAAUUAUUUGACAGUGAAAACCAUAUAUGGAUCAUACUUUGAUAAAUUUCAAAAAAUUAUUGAUGAACAUCAUGAUGGUAACAACAAUAAAAUAAAGAUGGCAAAAUCCAACAUGUCAGGAGAAUUUGUUGUAUUAUUAGCAACUGGUAAACCGACUAAAUUAUUAAUGGAAUUUAUGGAAGCAUGUUUAAAAAAAAGAGAAUUGAAGGAAUGGGAGAAUAAAGUUAAUAAAGCAUUUUCAGAAAUACAAUCAUUAAUUGAUCAUUAUAUAAAUACAGGAUUUGAAAGGUUAUUGUUGGAAUUAAAUUCAUUAAUAGGGUAUAGUAAAUGGCCACAAAAAUUCAAGGGUUUUGGAUUAUCAGAAAAAUUGAUACAAUCACGAUUAAUAAUUGCCAGUAGCUUAACACCAAAAAUAGAAGAAUUUUCAUUGUUUGUUGAUGAGGAAAGUAACAAUUUCAAGGAUUUUAUACAUUGGUUACAAUAUGAGUUUGAUAAAGUUACUAGCACAUCAUCAUUAGAUCAAACAACACCUGAUUCGCCACCACUUGAGGCAUUGAAUUCAAUUGAUAUAAUUAGAGUUUCAAAAUUUAUAAAAGAAUCUUUAAAUUUAAAUAAAUUGGAAAAAAAUAUUGACUUGUGGAAAUUUAUUGAUGAUUUGUUAAAUUUUUGUGAUGAAUUUUCCACCUCAACUGCUCAAAACGUCACUUCUUUUUUAUGGAUAUUAAGAUUUCCAUUAAAUAACAAUAAUGUAAAAGAGGAGAUGGAAGAAGAAGAAAAUAGCAAUAAUGUUGUUGAGAUAGCAUACAUACAAUUAAAAAAUCAAGAAAUACAAACAGAAAAUAUUAAAAUAGUAGAUUUAAAAAUAUUUAAUGAAGAAAAAUUACAUUUAAUUAUAUCAUCACCUGACAAAAUUUUUGAAAAUUUAAAUAUUAGUAAUGCUCAAGAAGAAGAAAUCAGAGAAUAUCUUAUAGAGAUAAAUUAUGUUAAAGAUAUAA